CUUAUUCUUAGUACUCUCCUCCUAUAUCCCAAUCGUCAGGUCGUUUAGGUUCAUAAGCCAGUCCAAAAUUGCCUUUCCCGCUACUCUGUCCAAAACAAUGUCAACCUUUCCAUUGGAUGUUCUGGCCGAAAUCCUCUGUCGACUACCCGUUGAUUGUGCGUUACGUUGUAGGUGCGUAUCAAGAUCUUGGCGGGCUCUUAUUGAUAGUGCAGAGUUUGCAAAAUUGCAUGUCAAUUAUUCAGUGAAAACCAAUUCUAACCUUCGGUUGAUGUUGAGAAAGGUCGACUAUUUUGGAUAUGGAAAACGUUGCUUUUACUCUCUAGACUUUGAUUCUCUCAACUCCCGAGUUGUUACUCCCAAAGAAUUGACUAACCCUUUGAUGUCUUCUGAAAUUAACACCAAGAUACUUGGUUCUUGCAAUGGAUUGUUGUUGAUAUCAAAUACUGUGGAUGAAAUUGCCUUAUGGAACCCUUCAACUGGAAAAUACAAGAAGAUACCAGUUGUGGGGAUUACUGAAAACCAUGUGCAUGUUAAUUUUGGUUUUGGGUAUGAUGUUACUAAUGAUGACUAUAAGGUUGUUAGAAUUGUGCAGUUUGAAAAGGGCUCUGAAAAAGGUUCUUUUCACUCUGAUGUUAUGGUUUUCAGUUUGAGAUCAAGUUGUUGGAGACGGGUUGAAGAAGAACUUCCUUAUUACCUCCGAUAUGAAGAUCAACCAGGGGAGAUGAUUUCCUUUCAAAGGGGUUCAAGUUGAAGCUUUGAGCAGUGAAUGAAGUGAAGAUUCAGAUGGUCAAGGUUGCAACACUGAAGCUGGUCAACGAAGAAGACCACAUUGUCUUUUUGACACUAACGUCCAAUAUCCCUACUAUCUUUUGAUGUAAAUGUAGAUACUUAUGUUUUUUUUUUUGAUAUAUCAGUUUCCAGUCGAUAAAGCUGAUGACUGUAUGGAAUUUACAUAUAUGCAUUUGGAAUUGUAAUGGAUUUAGUGAAUGGUUCACUUC